CUGGGCUUCUUCUCAGGGAUACAUAAAUCAGGCCGUAUUAGUUCUAAUCUGGCCCAUUUAGAACCAACUCCAUUGCCGUUCAGGUGCUUGAGCAAUAUGCUUGGUGUCCUACUGACUUCUGGGGUUGAACCUGAAGGCCCACGAAAGGGCCUUAGAGUGUCCAUUCCUCUGUGCCCCUUACUGAUUCUUCCAAAUCAGGAUACUUGAAACUCAGAGCCCAGUAGGGUUCUAGGCACAUAGUAGACACUCAAACAUUGAUUAGACUGUUGUAUGACCCCAAGGAGCAAAACAGGAUGCCUAAUAACAUCUUUCUGGCUGCUCUUAGACCUCAGAAAUGCCAAAAGCUUCUCAGGGAGGCUCUUGCCUGCGCAGACAUCCCAGGCUCUCAGUAGCAGCCCCAGCCCCUGCCUUCUGUCAUCAGUAUAAUGCAUCCAUAUCUACAAUAUGGCAAAUUUCAUAUCCUUCCACCCUCUUUCCUGCAUUAUUGAUGGGCUAUGCACUUUUUAAAAAUCAAUUUGAUCAGGGCGUGGAGCUGGAGUUAGAAAAGCCUUUAAAAGUCUGCUCUUGUUUUUAUUGUUUUGCAUAGGAACAGAUAAGACUUUCCCUCUGGUUUGACUAAGUCAAGCCCAGAGCUAGGUUGGCUGUGAUUGGCCAGUCCUAGGAAAAUGCCGUUAAGAUGCAUACAUAAGCAAAUAAAACCCAGUGUCUGUGCAGCCAUUACUAAGCUAAGGCAGCAGGACCUGGAACCGCCCACGCUGGGCUCAGGUUUUUCAGUGCCGCUGCUUGCUGGUCAGAAGGCUGGGAAGAUUGGUGGGAGAGACAGCAAAGGUAAGGCCUGUUUGGCUUGUGGGUGCCGUCAGUAUAGUGGUCCUACUGAACAGGGAAGAAAUGAAAGGGAGAGAUGGAAAUUCCUGGCUUUUUCUUCUUGGAUGAGGCUUUUAAAGCGUUGAACCAAGAGUUGUUGCAAACUUCCUGCUGAUAAAUUGAAGCCCUUUUUAGAGACCACUGAAAAGAUAGGGCACAUUUUUAAAAGUAUGGUAUCAGAAAGAUGGUACAGGCAAGGCAGAAGCUAAAACCAGUUUCCUGUGCCUGUGAGCCAUUCAUGGAGUAUCUCUAAGAAUUAAUGGCCACUGGCUUUUAACCUGGGAUUUCAAAACAGCACCCCACCCCAGGGGUUUCUGCGAUGGUCUCAAAGGGUAUUGAAUUAAUAAAUGAGGACUCGGGGAGGAGGGAGGGAAAGACAGCUUUGAGUCACAGAUGGAAUCACAUUUUCUGGGAGUUUGGUGUGGCAGGAGGGCCCUUCUCUGAGCAUGUUCUCUCCUGCCUUGGGGGACCCUGGCCCAGUGAGCUUCUGCCAACUGUCCCUGCUGGGGACAGGACUGCCUUUGGCCUCUGAGACUCAGUCCUAAUUAAUGCCAGCUUUUAUCAGGCUGACAUGUAUCUCCAAGGAGUGAAUGCAUUGGUCCUUAUCCCCUUCCCCUAGUUGGGUCAUGGCAUUUGCCUUGAAAGACUGAAAUAUAGGGUCUGAAGGAAGCCUGAACACCCCUGACAAUGCUCCCUGGUAGUUCCAGGCAGCACAGGGUGGGGCAGUAGCAAAUCAAACCCUCAAACAUCGGCUGCUGUGCUCCCUGGCUCUGCUUUAGUCCUGCUAUAAUAGACCAAGGGAGUUUGUGCUUUGUGUUUCUGCCUAAGUCCACACUAGAUGAGGGCACAGAUUCUCCAAACCCAGCAUCAUCCACUAAGGCUCCAAGACAGAAUAGCCAGACAUGCUCCUCUUAAGCACAAUAUGCCUCCAAAUAGCAAAACUCCAUACAGUCCUGUGUGGCUUUUUUACCGUAUGUAAGCCUGUCAAGCCCAUCCUUCCUUUGCCUCUUGGAAGCAUUAAUCAGUUACACAAAUUAUCAAUCACAAACUCCCUGAGAGCAAGAACCAGGCAGUCCUCAGUCACAUAAAGCCACUCUGUGUCCCCAGACAUGUGAGUGCAGGUUCUUGACAACACUAAUAUGACUGAGUACAGAUGGUGCAGGAGGCACGCAACCUCCCUCCUCACUGCCUCCUCCCCAUCUGCCCCUGGCCUGGGAGGCAGGCCAUGCACCACUGGCCCUGUGGGGUCUAUGUGCCAGAGCCCGGGAGGGCAUCUGCCCACAGGCAUACCAGGCAGUGCCCGCGCUCCCCUGCUGGCACCUGAAGUGUCCAGACCCGACCCUGUCAUGUUACUUUCCCUUUUCUUCAGUGAGGCACAGGGAAUACAGUGGUCCUAUGACGAGUGUUGUUUGAGUUUGAGGAUCGUUUAAUUACAGUUGGAAAGUAAAAACCCAAAGAGAGGGUCGGAAAGAGUUGCUGGCAGGCAGGGGGUCUGAGAAGAGUUAGAGGGGAUGGGGGCAGAGAAGACAACCAGUUUGGAAAUACCUAUUCCAACAUGGGGAAAAGCUUUGCCCCUGAGUCUGGGUAAGUUUAGGAAGGAUUUCAGUACAUCAAUGAUUAAAGGCACAGGUUUUAGGGUCAGUGUGGAACAUGGGCAAAUUAUUUAAUGUCUCUGAACCUCAACUUUCCUACAGUGUAAGAGGAAAACAUACUUAGUUUGUGAGAAUUCGAUGAGACAAUAUGAAGGACUUAACAUGUUUGUCACCCCUUCAGUAAAUAAUCUUGGCUAUUAACAGAGCUCUUAACAAAGGAAGUGGCUAGUGGGAAGCCAAUUCUGGGUGGGGUCCCCAGGCCGGCCAGGCUUACCAUGUGAGCUUGGACAAGUCAUUUCCCCCAUCACCAAAAUGGAGCAGGGAUUCACCACAAGGACAUGGCAGGAUGGCGGACAAAAGUUUGGGAAGUGAGUGAGGAGAAAAGCUGGUUGGAUGCCCACUGCUAGAGGCAUCAUCUUGGCUGCUUCUCUACAAUGUUUCAGUCCCGGGAAGCCCAGCACCAUGUCUCUGAGCAGCGCCUUCAGGGCUGUGGGCAACGACCCCGGGAUCAUCACCUGGAGAAUAGAGAAAAUGGAGCUGGUGCUGGUGCCCUUGAGUGCCCACGGCAGCUUCUAUGAGGGGGACUGCUAUGUCGUCCUCUCGACCCGGAGAGUGGGCAGCCUCCUCUCUCAGGACAUCCACUUCUGGAUCGGGAAGGACUCCUCCCAGGAUGAGCAGAGCUGCGCAGCCAUCUACACCACACAACUGGAUGACUACCUGGGGGGCAGCCCUGUGCAGCACCGAGAGGUCCAGUACCACGAAUCUGACACCUUCCACGGCUAUUUCAAGCAGGGCAUCAUCUACAAGAAAGGGGGUGUGGCCUCUGGGAUGAAGCACGUGGAGACCAACACCUACAAUGUGAAGCGGCUGCUACACGUGAAGGGGAAGAGAAACAUCAGGGCCACCGAGGUGGAAAUGAGCUGGGACAGUUUUAACCGAGGUGAUGUCUUCUUGCUGGACCUCGGAAAGGCCAUCAUCCAAUGGAAUGGCCCAGACAGCAACCGUGGGGAGCGCCUGAAGGCUAUGCUUCUGGCAAAGGAUAUUCGGGACAGGGAGCGAGGGGGCCGUGCUGAACUAGGAGUGAUCGAGGGAGACGAGGAGGCCACAAGCCCAGAGCUGAUGAAGGUGCUUCAGGACACCCUUGGACAACGCUCCAUUAUCAAGCCUCCAGUCCCUGAUGAGAUCAGAGAUCAAUGGCAGAAAUCAAGUAUCAUGUUGUAUCAUGUCUCAGACUCAGCUGGGCAGCUGGCAGUCACAGAGAUAGCAACAAGGCCACUGGUCCAGGACUUACUGAACCAUGAUGACUGCUAUAUCCUGGACCAAAGUGGAACCAAGAUCUAUGUGUGGAAAGGAAGAGGAGCCACAAAAGUUGAGAAACAGACAGCCAUCUCUAAAGCCCUGAACUUCAUCGUGUUGAAGGGCUACCCCAGCAGCACCAAUGUGGAGACUGUUAAUGAUGGUGCCGAGUCAGCCAUGUUCACGCAGCUGUUUCAGAAGUGGUCAAUGAGGCAGCAGACGGUGGGCCUGGGGAGAACAUUCACCAUUGGUGAAACGGCUAAAGUUUUCCAGGAUAAAUUUGAUGUGACGCUGCUUCAUGCCAAGCCAGCAGUAGCUGCGCAGGAAAGAAUGGUCGAUGAUGGCAAUGGAAAGGUGGAGGUUUGGAGAAUUGAAAACCUGGAGCUGGUCCCUCUGGAGCGUCAGUGGUAUGGCUUCUUUUAUGGGGGAGACUGCUAUCUGGUUCUCUACACAUAUGAGGCGGUUGGGAAGCCACGUUACGUCCUGUACAUCUGGCAGGGCCACCACGCCUCACAGGAUGAGCUGGUGGCCUCAGCAUACCAGGCAGUGGAGGUGGAGCGGCAGUUGGACGGGGCCUCUGUGCAGGUUCGAGUUUCCAUGGGGAAAGAGCCACGUCACUUCAUGGCCAUCUUCAAAGGAAAGCUGGUGAUCUUUGAGGGUGGGACUUCCAGAAAGGGAAAUGCGGAGCCUGACCCUCCUGUAAGGCUCUUCCAGAUUCAAGGAAAUGACAGAUCUAACACCAAAGCAGUGGAGGUUCCAGCCUUUGCCUCCUCCCUAAACUCCAAUGAUGUCUUUCUGCUGCGGACCCAGGCAGAGCACUAUUUGUGGUUUGGCAAGGGCUGUAGUGGGGAUGAGCGGGCAAUGGCUAAGGAGCUGGCCAGACUUCUCUGUGAGGGCACUGAGGACACUGUGGCAGAGGGCCAGGAGCCAGCAGAGUUCUGGGACCUGCUGGGAGGGAAAACUCCCUAUGCCAACGACAAAAGACUACAGCAGGAAAUCCUAGAUGUCCAGCCUCGCCUCUUUGAGUGCUCUAAUAAGACUGGCCGGUUCAUUGUCACUGAGAUCACAGACUUCACCCAAGAUGAUCUGAACCCAAGUGACAUGAUGCUCCUGGAUACCUGGGACCAGGUGUUCCUGUGGAUUGGAGCUGAGGCCAACGCCGCAGAGAAGGGGAAUGCCCUCGCUAUGGCCCAGGAGUACUUGCAAACUCACCCCAGUGGCCGAGAUGUUGACACAUCAAUUGUCAUUGUUAAACAGGGGUUCGAGCCUCCCAUCUUCACUGGCUGGUUCUUGGCCUGGGACCCUCAUAUCUGGAGCGCAGGGAAAUCAUAUGAACAGUUGAAAGAGGAGCUGGGAGAUGCCGCUGCUGUCACAAGAAUCAUGGCUGACAUAAAGAACGCAACCUUCUCCCUAAAUCCUGAGCCAAAAUAUUACUCUAUAGAAGUUCUGUUGAAAAAUCAGAAUCAGGAGCUGCCUGAGGAUGUGGACCCUGCCAAAAAAGAGAAUUACCUCUCUGAACAGGACUUUGUUUCUGUGUUUGGCAUCACAAGAGGGCAAUUUGCUGCUCUGCCUGGCUGGAAACAGCUCCAAAUGAAGAAAGAAAAGGGGCUUUUCUAAGGCAAGAAGGCAUAUGCCUAUGCAGGAACACAGAAGAGUACAGAAAGUACCAUUAUCAGGAAAAAAUUUAUCAGCAAGUUUUUGCCUAACAGCCAGCUAUUUAAUUCAGAUACAAUAGGAUCUGCAAAUCACGGCAUGUUCUCUAUUUUCCGCAUUCCUACGUUGUUAUAUACCUGAAAUGUUAACUACUCAUUUUUUGAUGUUUGUGGCCUCAGCAGACAGCACUAAACUGCAUGAAUCUGGAGAAGUCAAAAGAGAACCAAAAAGCUGUUUAAAGUAUAUUAAUAAUGAGGUAAGGACCUAAGUUUGUUUUAAAUUUUAAGACCGGUAUUUCUAAAACCUAUUUAGCCCACAAAUCACUUAAGUUAUUUGCAUAUGUAGCCAGAUCUGUAUGUGCCAGAGAUUUUUAACUUUUCAAAUAAAGAUACCUGUGUGAGCAAAUGA